AUGGAUUUGCCAGUUGUCCUGCUGCUGGGCUGCGGGGCUGCCGGGCCUCCGAGGAAACCGUGGCAGUUCGUGGAGGAGGGAGAAACGCGGCUCGACUGUCUGCAGGUCUCAGCAGGGCCCCUUGUUGUUGGCCUUGGAGGUGGCGGUUACAACCUCAUGCUCAUAGGAAAAGGCGGGUUCGUUCCUGCUGGAGAACGCAGCAGUCCCGCGUCCAACGCAGGACCUCCAGUCAAUGUGGAGGCCCCGGCCAAGCGGGCUGCCCGCCCGCCCUUUCCAGGGAGGCCGGCGGGCAGCGCAGGGCUGCCGUUCGCGCAGGGGCCCACCCGGGCGGGUCCCCACCACCCGGGCAGUGGCCGGGACGCUGCCCCGGAGGGGCUUCAGGCUGCCCCGGAGGAGCUUGAAGCCGAGCUCGCGGCGGGGAGGAGAAACAGACGUACGGAGAGACAGCGGGCCCGGCCAGACCGCACGCCUUUCGGGGUGCGCGAACAGGGAGGCACCGAGGCCGCUCACCUGCCCGGCCCGGCUGCGGAGGCCCGGCGCCCGCGGCCUCGAGCUCCCGCUCUCGGCCCCGGCGCGCCUUACCCGGCGGGCGCCGGCUUCCUCGCCCGCGGCGUGGAGUUCCGAGAAGCCCGGGCCCCGCGCGCCCCGGAGCGGAGCGGAGCGGGCGGCCAGGGCAGACCGGUCCCCAAAGGCCGGAGACGCGCGGGUUCCCAGAGGGAUGGGGCUCUGCCCCCCUGUCCCCGCGCCUUUACCUGCGCCAGGGCCUCGGACAGACGAACAGACAGCCGGAGUCCGAGGCGGGAGGAGGCCCCCGGCCUGGGCCCGCGCGCCCCCUUGGCGCUACCCGGAGCUGGCCUGGGAGAGGUGACGGGGGGCGCGCUGGCGGAGCCGGGCCUCGCCUGGUCCCCCCCGAGCCGAGGGGACCGAGGACUUUCCUCCCUCCUCAGAUUAUUAAAAAGUUCAUUUCCUGGCGAAUCGGGGGCCGCCUUAGGGACCCCCCCCCCCCCCAUCGAUGAAAAAAUGCCUCCUCCUGCCCGGAGGCGUCUCCUUCGAGCCGGCGCCGGCGCCAGUCCGGGUCUGCACGGCCUCGCCCCAGGCAGUUCGGCCCGUUGGUCUGCGAAGGCCACGCCCGGGAAGGGGACGCCCCCUCCCCCUCUCCGGAGCCGCCAGCCAGGCCACCUCCACCGGGUCAAGCAGUCCUAA